AUGCUUAAUUUAUCAACAAAAUUUCAAGGAUGCACCAAGUGCAAAAAGUGGAAAAAAUGGCAAUUGUUCCAUGCUACGGAUUUUCAAUCGUUGAUGUAUCCCUGCUUUACCUUCUGCAAUAUUCUUGGAAUAUUCCCGUACAAAAUCAACGGUUCGACUUUCGAAACUUCUAAACAGUGUUAUGUAUUACCAACUGUUGUUCUUUGUAUUCUCUGCAUUUACGAGCUAGAAGUGCUUUAUGAGAUUGACAUUGCUAGAACGAUCCAAUUCAAAGGAGUACCUAAGACACUUGAGCGUAACUGUUUUUACAUACUUGGUAAUUUUAUCGCGGUCGUUACAUACAUUUUAAGCGGUCGUCGAAUGCACUUGCUUCAGACCAUAAUGAAUAUCUCUUCGAAACUACCUGCCAAUUCAUAUCAAAAGCUGUCUAGAUUGAUCCAUGCCAAGGACAUCUUCGGUUUCAUCUAUUUAAUUGGACAAACGAUGUUCUAUUGUUAUUCGUUGGAUUUCGAUAAUUGGCACAGAGCUUUCGCACCGUAUCUUAAUUUGAUAGUGUUUCAAAUGGAUAUGUUGUAUAUAAAUUGUGUUUGUGUAUUAAAAGCUUGUUUUGAAAGAAUUGACGAUAAUCUGCUAAACUUGCAAAAUCAUGUGACAAACAAUGAGCCAUAUAUCCUGAAGCAAAUCUAUCACGAGCGUAGAAAUCCAUUCCUGUUAAUGGAACUCAAUGUUUUGAAGAAACAGCAUCUGAUGAUUAGCGACGCAGUGCAAAUGCUAAAUUUGAUUUUUAGUUUGCAACUCCUUGCUAGCACAAUUAUAACUUUUGUCGAAAUUACUUUCUAUCUGUAUUUUUAUAUAGUACAUUGGAGAAGUGGCACAUUAAUGAACCAUCUGAACAAAGGGAUUUACGAUAUUUAUUUGCUAGUGAUUAUGAUAUAUUACUCUGUAAAAAUAGGAUUGAUAAUAUGGGCAUGCCAGACUGGUAAAAACCAGGCCGAGAAAAUUGCCACUACCGUUCAUGACGUAAUUAAUAAUAUUUCAGAUGCGCAAAUAAAAAACGAAUUGCAGCUGUUUUCCUUGCAAAUAAUGCACCGCCAAAAUGCAUUCUCCGCGAAAGGUUUCAUUAUGGAUGCUACUCUUCUCACUGCAAUAGUAGAUAACGUAACUACAUAUGUAUUAAUUUUAUUGCAAUUACUCCUGUUGCAAACGCAAGUUUGCAACAGAGAGUUAGCAAUUAAUGAUAUACAAAUGAUCUUUUAA